UUGACCCAAUAAAUACCGCUCACCCUGGAGCUGCAGGCUGUGUGUUUUUCCUGCAAGCAGACAGACAGACAGACAGCAUGGACCAGCGGUACCGGCAACCUGUGACAUUUAUUCUACUGUUUGGAGCUCUGCAAUGUGUGAGUGGAUCCAUAGGAGGCUGGGAAGCGAAGCCCCACUCCAGGCCCUACAUGGUGUCAGUGCAGCAGAAUGGGACUCAUUACUAUGGGGGGUUCCUGGUGGCUGAUCAGUGGGUGGUCAGCGCAGCACACUGCUACACAGCACAGUCCAGUCCUUACAAAGUGCUUCUUGGGGCCCAUUCUUUGAGUGACAGCGAGUCGACCAAACAGACCUUCACUGUGGCUUCCAUUCACUCUCAUCCAGACUUCAAUAUUACAAGAAACUUUGACAAUGACAUUGCACUGCUGAAGCUGGACGGGCGCGCCUCGCUGACCCAGGCUGUUCAGAAGGUCUCAUACAAGCGAGUGAGUAAAGAUGUGCCGGAGGGGACCGUGUGCAGCACGGCUGGCUGGGGCUGGAUCAAUAACGUGGGGGUAAAGCCGGACAAACUGCAGGAGGUCAACGUUGCCGUUAUCGGACACAAGACAUGCUCCAGCCGCCGGUACCACGGCAGCAAGAUCACGGGCAACAUGAUGUGCGCGGCGGGCCAUGGUAAAGACAGCUGCCAUGGUGAUUCUGGAGGCCCCCUCUUGUGCAAUGGGCUGGUGGAGGGCAUCAUUUCCUUUGGAGGGAGGAAGUGUGGGAGACCCAUGAAACCUGGGGUGUACACCAUGAUCUCUCACUACAGGGACUGGAUCGACGCAGUGAUGAAUCAAGGGUCUAAGUACUGACCUGUGCUCCACCAACCAAUUCAAAUGGCUUGCUCCUGUGUGCCCUUAAAAAAAGGAUAUAUAUAUAUAUAAAAAUAAAGCUAGCAUGUAUUUACAUA